UGUACACCAUCAGGUUGCAAAGAUAUAGGAAUUAGACAAUUUGAGAUUGUGUCAAAGACUCAAUUUCUUUGUCUAAAGUUUUAAGCUUCGACUUAAUGUCUUUAAUACUAAAAAAGUUUAAUGUUGUUGUAUAUGAUUUAGUCUGACGAUGAGUACAUCCCGUUUAGACGAAGGGUUAAACCUUUUGUCUGAUUCCCUGGACACUCUAGCAUCAAACAUUCAACAGUUAACUCUUCAGGUUUAUAUUCAAGAAGAAAAGAAGAACAAAGCAGCAUUAGAUAAAUUAACCUGUAUUAGAACUCCAGUUAUAAGACAUAUGACACAAACUAUGGAAAUGGAAAAGAGUCCUUGGAAGGAUGGAAUUCCAAAGUAUAAACGCUCCAUGGUGAAACUACCAUUACUAAGACCUGACAGCAUUAUAGAUAUUGGAUCGGAAGGCGGAUCUGAUGAAAGAAAAAGUAGUAGGUCUUCUAAAGCAUUGUCUACGGAUGGAUUUGGAACAAACAGAAAAACGACAUCAACAUUUGGAAGGAGUAAACAAAAACUUUCAACACUAAAAAAAUUUCAAAUGACAACACUUCAAAAACAAUCAAUUGAAAAGAAAAAGGAUGAUAUUGCAGAAGAUGUAGCACCAGACACUUCUGAAGCAGUAGCAGUUAACACGGAGACUAUUCAUGUUGACACUCUUGAUGAUAUUCUUGAUCAGCUUAAGCUGGAAACUGACAAUGUCCCAGAUAAAUCAACGGAUACUUUCAACGACUAUUUCCCAGAGUUUGAUGAAUCCGAAACUCCAAACCGUGUCAGCCUAUCUGAUAUCACCAAUACAGAAGAAGAAGUUCAGAUCAAACCUAGAAAAGAAAUUAAGAACUCCUCCAGAGUAAUGAGUAUUGUUUUGGAGGAUGAUUUUGACGAGCCCCUCCCGACACCCCCUAAUACACCUAGUGCUAGUGUGAGUGAAGAGUUUAGAAUAAGUUCUCUUCCGACACUUCCAGAGGACGAAUUUAAUAAAUAGGAACAUCCGGGAACCAAAACUUUACGACACACAUGCUAUAAUGUACAGCUAAUUUAACAUUAUAGCACGAUGAUUACUUUCUACAUGGAAGCUGCAAUCCGUAGAACGUUUCUUCUGGAGAGUUUAAAAUUUGUUUGUUUAUUUAUUGAUUUCAUGCUGUUGUACUAUAUAGUGGAUUAUAUAUUUACUGAUGCUUUCGGAUACAAAUAAAGCAAGAUUGAGUA